AUGAAUAUUCAGACCGAGAAUACAGAGGCCUUUGACACCAACAUGGGAAGGAUAGUCUCUUCUAGCUUGGCAAAUAUCGCCUUGCAAAGGAAGGUGUCAAACUGUCAUCAGUCACAUCAUGCAAAAGAGCAGUUACAAGAAUACAAUAACAAUUGUCAAGAAACAGAAGGCUGGAUUCUUCUGUGUAAGCAGCCUGAAGGUGGCGAGCGACUUGUGCCAGUGGAAACACCCGAAAGGCUUCAGAAACAGCACCAGAUUUUUGGCUAUGAUUACAGGCCAUGUAACAGAUGGGAACAGGUGGUUGAUGCACAAUAUUCAUUCUAUUUGGGUGAAAAACCCAAGAUCGCAGACAGAGAUGAUGCUGCAGUGGAAAGGCUGAGGUAUGUUCCUCCCACUUGGACAUUUGAGUGUGACGAGGAUUUGGUGCAUUACUUCUAUGAUCGCAUAGGAAAAGAAGAUGAAAUCUUGGGCAGUGUCAAACAUCUAGUGGACAGCAUUGAUGCUUCAUCUUUCUCGGAUGAAGCCAAUGUGUGGUGUUUGACUGAUGGAGACAAUGAUACUUUCUGGGAGAGUGAGGGGAAUCAGGGCCACCACUGGCUUCGAUUAUAUAUGAAGAAAGGCACUAUAAUAAAAAAGCUAUUCAUCUCUGUAGAUGCAACAGAUGAUAACUACAUGCCAAAAAUAAUUCACGUGUUUGGUGGUGAUCGAGAUAAUUUAAAGAAGUUGAACGAAAUCACAGUUGAUGAAACUUUAGUUGGUGAUCUGUGUAUUCUGGAGGAUAUGAUGGUUCACCUUCCGGUAAUUGAAAUCCGGAUUAUAGAAUGUGUAGAAGGAGGAAUAGAUGUCCGACUACAUGGCAUUAAGAUCAGAUCUUCGAGGGAAAGAGACCUAGGACUAAACGUUGAUAUGUUUCAAGCUGCAAACCUAGUCCGUUAUCCACGGCUUGAGGGACAUAAUCCUGACAUUCUAUAUAGAAGAGCUGUAGUAAUCCACAGAUUCCUUAAACUCUUGGACAGCCUUAUUCACUAUCUUGUUCCAGCCUGGGAUCACACAGUUGGGUCAUUUGGUCAGUUAAAGCAUAUCAAGCAGUUCCUUCUGCUAUCAAAACAGCGCACAGCUCUGAUUACACAAUGCCUCAAGGAUUCAGAGACUAACAAGCCCAAUGUCAUGCCAAAGCUCUACAUCAAUCGGCGAGUUGCUAUGGAGCACCGGAAUAAUCCCUCCCUUGAUCCCUCUUGUAAGAAUGCUGUGUUCACACAGAUGUUUGAAGGUUUGAAGCCUUCGGACAAAUGCGAGAAACCCUUAGAUUACAGAUGGCCAGCGCGCUAUGACCAGUGGUGGGAAUGUAAAUUUAUCUCUGAAGGCAUAAUUGACCAAGGUGGCGGAUUCCGCGAUAGCCUCUCUGAUAUUUCUGAAGAGCUAUGCCCAAGUUCUGGGGACAGUCCAGUGCCUUUGCCCUUUUUUGUAAGGACAUCUAAUCAGGGUAACAGUACUGGAGAAGCACGAGAUGUAUAUGUUCCCAAUCCAUCCUGCAAAGAAUUUGGAAAGUAUGAAUGGAUAGGCCAGCUGAUGGGGGCUGCAUUGCGAGGACGCGAGCUUUUGGUGCUGGCUCUUCCUGGAAUGAUAUGGAAACAACUAGCAGGAGAAGAAGUGAGAUGGUCGAAAGACUUUGCUGCCGUGGACUCUGUCUUGGUGAAACUGCUGGAGGCAAUGGAGAGCAUGGACAAGGAGACAUUUGAAUUUAAAUUUGGGAAUGAUCUCACUUACACCACUGUACUUAGCGAUCACUCUGUAGUGGACCUGAAACCUGAUGGCAGCAACACCGUUGUCCAGUAUGAGGAUCGAAAGGAGUUCAUUCAACUGGUUCAAAAAGCAAAACUAGAAGAAAACAAAGACCAGAUUCAAGCAAUGAGAGCUGGUCUACUAAAAGUGGUUCCCCAAGCUGUACUUGACCUCCUGACCUGGCAGGAGGUCGAAAAGAGAGUCUGUGGUGAUCCUGAAAUUACAGUGGAAGCUCUCAAACGUUUAACUCGCUUUGAAGAAUUGGAGCAGUCUGAUACCAGAGUCAAGUAUUUUUGGGAAGCGCUCACAAAUUUCACAAAUGAGGAUCGCAGUCGAUUCUUAAGGUUUGUUACGGGUAGAAGCCGUCUGCCUGCUCCGAUAUUCAUCUACCCAGACAAGUUAGGCUCAGAGAAAACAGAUGCUCUCCCAGAGUCUUCCACAUGCUCCAGUACACUUUUUCUGCCAAACUAUUCCAGUGCAAAGCUUUGUGAAGAGAAGUUACGUUAUGCAGCGUACAACUGUGUGGCAAUAGACACUGACAUGGUACCCUGGGAGGAGUAACAACCAGACACCUACUGCAUAGAAUCAAACAGAAUGUGGUUGCUGAAAUUGAUUAUGGCCCACUAAUAGCUGCUUUAAAUUUGUGUUAUCCAUGUGUUGCUCAUUCCUUAAGAUUCAAGAAAAUGUAUCUUUUUAUUUCUGUUUCUCGCCCUUUUGAAAUUCCGAAACUGGUUGAUUCACUAAAUCCAAUCAGAAUGGUAAGUUCAGAGAUUUAUUCCAUAAGUCUUUGAAAAGUGGUGACACCUAAUGACCUAAUGAAGUCUUCCUAUUUUGGCGAUUCUUACAACCAUA